AUGAGCAGGCAGAGACACCUCGGUCUGAUUCCCAAUUCAGAUGCUUUCGAGCGCCCCAGAGUUUGGUCUUCAAGGAUCACGACCAUCGAGCAACUCGUGUUCGAUUCGGAGAGCACGUUGUUGGCCACAGUCUAUGAGAAGCAGCGGAAGCCCCUGGCGCGGCCGCUGAGCCGCCAGGGUGUCCAUCAGCUUCUCGAGGCCUAUCUGGUGCAUUGGCUCCUGGGGUCAGAUGAGGAAGGCAUUCGAAUGCUACUGAAUAGUGAGCGGCUCCGCCGAAAGACAUUCCCGCACUGGGAAGAGCUGGUCGCCUUUGCACACGGCCAGGUGAAGGCCCUGGACUGGGAAAGGGCACGCAGCUCGGGCUCUAGUGGUCUCAAUGCUGGCCGUUACACCUUUGAAGAUGCCCACGAGAUCGUGGGCGGCAUCACUCACUCCUUCGCAUCCUUUUGGGAGUCCGAAUGCACUGAAAUGAAGGAGCAGCUGAUCGCCAUGGACUCUCAGCACACCGGUCGAGUCCCGCUAUCCAAGUUCUACGGCACCGGCCUGGAAGCCGAUUGGCGCUUUGCCGAAUCGGAGGCUUACCUCCGGGAGCUGGGAGCCCUGGAUGAGACAGGCCGUGCCGGGAAGCAGGUGAUCAUCCCGAACUACAUCCAGGCGGCUUCGAACUGCAUCGUCGCCACAAAUCACUACAUGGUCUGCUGCGUCAACGACUGCAACCCGCUCCUCACAGAGCUUGACCGCUCUUUAAGGAGCCCCACGGCAGAGCCCCAGAGGAUUCUUGCCGUCGUGCGCAACAUGACCUCGGGAACAUCCCUGGAGGAUGAGGCUGAUGCUCGUGUCGAUGCGAAGAUGGCAGCUCAGUUGGAGACCAUCGCGGCGAACCACGGCGGGGAGGUCCCUAUCCAUGGCCGCCUGUUCUUGCAGUGGCUUCACUACGUCUUCCCUCGACAGUGCCCCUUCCCCCACAAAUCCGGGACCACAGUCCACCGGGCGCCCCUGGAGUUCGAAGGCGAGUAUGUGGCCUCGCAAGAGACCAUGAAGGCUCGCUCGUUGCGCUUGUAUUGCUGCGGACUGGGUCUCACCAGGUUCAUAACAUGUGCUGUCAUGGCCAGAAGCAUCACAUGA